AUGUCUGGAAAAGGAAAAGCUGCUACCGGCGGCCGUGGCAAGAAGACGGGCAAGAGCAGCACGCGCUCUGCCAAGGCUGGCUUGCAGUUCCCAGUGGGCCGUGUCGCUCGUUACCUUCGCAAGGGCCGUUACGCCCAGCGUACGGGCAGCGGUGCUCCGGUCUACAUGGCUGCUGUGCUCGAGUACUUGUGUGCUGAGAUCCUCGAGCUUGCUGGCAACGCCGCGCGCGACCACAAGAAGACGCGCAUCAUCCCUCGUCACAUUCAGAUGGCCGUGCGCAACGACGAAGAGUUGAACAAGCUGCUGGGCGACGUGACCAUUGCCUCGGGCGGUGUGAUGCCCAACAUCCACUCGGUGCUGCUGCCGAAGAAGUCGGCAUCUUCUGUCAAGAAGGGCAAGUCGUCGGCAUCGCAGGACUACUAG